AUCGGUAUCGGCAGAAAAGCUUGCGUUAUUCGCAGGAGGCUGUCAUUGCACUUAACCUAAAUGUCGUCUGUCGGUCCUGUUGGUAAACACACUUUCGACAGUGGAAUUUGAAACUGUUCUUACACUGUUUUAAUGACAUGAUUUCAUGUUGAUUUUUGUGGGAGUUCUUUUAAGAGUUUGCGCAUGGUAUCACUUGAUGUUACAUGAGAAUGGAAUCUGAUGAUCAACUUAUUGACUCUGAGGAAGAGGCAGAGAUAAUAAAGCGAAAGGUGUUUGAGGCACAAAAAGCUGUUCAGGAUGCCGGCGUUACUGAUGAGGAAACUCUAGUUGAAAAGUUGAAUGGGACAGAAGACACAGACCAAGAGGAUGUUGAUGACUCUGCAUCCCAAGGUUCCCCAGAAAUGCAAAUCCUCUCAGCAGCCGAGAAGGGUAAAAUAGAUGUCAUUAAACUGUUGCUUCAGGAAAACCCUGAACUUGUGAGCUCACGUGAUCAAGAUGGUUACACUCCCCUUCACCGGGCGUCAUACUCAAACCAUCCUGAAGUUGUGAAGCUUUUACUCCAACAAGGUGCUGAUGUAAAUGCGAGAACAUGUGAUGGGUGGACACCCCUUCAUUCAGCAUGCAAGUGGAACAAUUUCAACUGCGCUGCUUUACUAUUGGACUUUGGAUCAGAGGUGAAUCCUCUAACCAAUGGAGGCCAAACUCCACUUCAUCUUGCUUCAAGCCAUGCUGAAGCUAGAGAGACACUUUUCCUUCUUCUCUCCAAUCCUAAAAUCUCAGUAAACAUUCGUAACAAGGCUGGCGAGUUAGCCUACGAUAUUGCACAUCGCCAUUGUAAAUAUUAUAAAUUGUUUGAUAUAUGUGAUCCCUGCUUUAACAUAAUUUAAUUAAAACAUUGAACUUGUGUUAAGUGAGAUCAAUAAGAGUCGGCAGUCUAAAAAAACAAAACAAAAAACAAUGUUUAUUUUCAGAACCACUUUCGAUGUCUUAUAAUUUGGUAAUAAAAAGUGUCUUUUUUACAGCAAAGAAGAAUCAAAACUGUGCAAGCUAGGUAAAAAUAUAAUAAAAAUUAAC